CCCAAGCCCAAACCAAAAGACCCCAACUCUGAGGGCGAGAACUUCAUGCUGAAGAGAGCGCUGAACAUCAAAGAGAACAAAGCUAUGCUUGCUAAGCUAAUGGCAGAGCUGGAUAAGGUUCCUGGACUCAUUCCCAGGAAGGCUGCUUUGUCACAGGGCAAUACGCCUCGCCGUGCUCCACGCCGCUCUCUAGACCCCAAUAGCGCUCGCCGGCGAAACCCGGAGCGAACGUCACGUCCUCUCACACGUUCACGGUCACUGGUAGAUGGACCACCCUCCCCCCCUCCAGAGGAAGAAACAGAGGACAAAUACAGCCUGGUCCGCAGAAACCGAAAUUACGACGAUGAUGAUGAUGAAGAAGAAGAGGAGGUGCGUUUCGGCCUUUAAUAUCAAGAGAUGUUUUUUAU